CUGAAUCCCCUCAGUGACCUUCACCAGGAUAUCCUUUCAGACUGCUCGUUCGUGCUGUCUCUUUUAUCAAUAUCGGAAUUAGGGCUCGCAAGAAAGCUCAUCGAAAACGUGACAAUUUUUGAGAACGGAACCGCUAAGGUACGUCUACUAAUAGAUGGAUGUUGGCGUGAAACUGGCAUCACGACAAAAUUGCCACAUUUCAAGCAAGACGAAGAUAGAUAUUUGUUCGUGCAUUCUACAAGAAGCGACUCUUUGCUUUGGCCUGCCCUUCUUGAAAAGGCAUAUGUCACUUCAUUUGAGGGGCAUUAUUCUUUUGACGGCUCAAACAUGGCAAACGAUACUUAUGUGUUGACCGGGUGGCUACCAGAAAUUCUCUUGAUGGACCAAGAAAUUCAGCUGAGACUCUCUGAGUUUAUGAAAUCAAAAAUGGCAGGAAGCCUCAUGAUCGGCUUAGGUACAGGUCGGAUUGCAUCUACUUUAGAAGGAACUCUUGGGAUUAUCAGUAACCAUGAUUAUGUUUUGAGUGACUAUGAUAUCCAUGAUGGCUCGUAUACAUUGACAAACCCCUGGGCGUUUCGCGAGAAAGACAACAAAAAAUUCAAAAGAUUACUCAAAAUAGAUCGUCGACUUCUUCGUCACUUCAAAUUCUUGUAUUUGAAUUGGAAGCCAUCUCAUGCGAAUGAAAGUAAGAUUUUUUUUGUCACCUCGCCUUCGGCUUUGCCUACUGAGUUCUUGGGAGAUAAGUCACAGUUUCACCUACGCAAUGGUUCAGCAAAGCUGACUAAAGUUUGGAUCUUUGUCGAAAAAUUUCAAGAAGCCAAAUCCGAAUUUUGUGUUUCAGUUUGGCGAGACGCCAAGCACACUAUUUUCACCAGCAAUCAAUAUGAAUGUGUGCUCGGUGGUAAAUUUGUUAAUUCCAAGCACCAUUUGAUAAAGCUCGAAAUGGAGCCAGAACAGAAUUAUAUUUUGACUGUGGUGAGCAGAGACCAAAAGUCAAGUAAAUUUGCAAUCACAGUUUAUCAUGACUCGGAGAACAUCACAUUUGCAAGAGCAAAAAGCUCAUGUAACUAUAGAUUCCCUACUAUCACGGGCUACUGGGGCCAAGGGACCUCAGGAGGAAACUGGCUAAACGAAACAUUUAUCAAUAACCCACAGUAUGAUCUUGUCAUUAACAUGAAGACCCGCUUUGAAGUGGCUCUUUGCUGCGUGAACAGAAAAGUGGAUGUCAAUCUACACAUGCUUCACUGCAAUCCUAAAGAAUCAGGCAAAAAAGUUCGCAAGUUGGAUCAAUCGAAACUUAUGUUCAGUGAAAAGUAUACCCAAAGAUUAUUUCAUCAUGUUAUCGAAGAUCUCGAGCCGGGAAACUAUAAACUUUUGGCAUCGACCUACAACCCGCGAGAAGAGGGUGAGUUCAAAUUGAUGAUAGCUUACAACGGAGACAAAGCGGUUGAAGUCAAUCCCACUCCGCAAGCUUUGGGUACUUUCAUGAAGGAGACCUCUUUUGAAUGGAACAUCUCGAACAGAAAAAAGCUCGAGAUUGUUACACUGCAUAGUCAGACUGAAGUCACAUUUCACCUACGACUGGGACUGCACGACGCCCAGCAGGCAAACAAUUACCGGCCUGCUAUACGAGCCUCUGUAUUUGACAGCCUUACCCGACAGCCAAUAAUAGUUACAAAUGAAUGGAGUGAUAGUGUCUACGGUAUAUUUUUGGACUGUUGUUUACCUGAGCUGGAUCGCCCGUACAUAUUAUUGGUUGAGAGAUUCGAGACUGGAGAAGGUAUAUGUCGCGUCUCAGCAGGCAGCAGCCACCGCCUUGAAAUACAAGAAUUAAUAAACUGA